GAUUUGGCCUUUAACAUGCAGGAGGAAUACAGGCAGGAGCAGUUAGCUUGGAUUCCUAUUUCCAAGAUGUACAGCAGGUCGUGCCUGGAUUUCCUGACUGUAAAGCCCCACGGCAUCCUGUGCAUCCUGGAUGACCAGACAUCCCUGGCUCAGGCCACAGACCACACUUUCCUCCAGAAGUGUCAUUACCACCAUGGAAACAGCCCUUGGUACACCAAGCCCAAGCUGCCUUUGCCAGAGUUCACUGUGCAGCACUAUGCUGGCCCUGUCACCUACCAGGUCCACAAGUUUCUCAAUAAAAACCGUGACCAGCUGCGGCCAGAGGUGCUGGAGAUCUUCUCCCAGAGCCGCCUCAAGGUGGUAUCUCACAUUUUCCAGAGGGCUAAAGCUGCCUGUGGUCAGCGAAGGGAGCCGGGGGGCAGGGGCAGAGGGCUCAGGCCUCAGGCCUCCACACUGGUGUCCAAAUUCCAACAGUCUUUGCAGGACCUCACAGCCAAGCUGAGAGGGAGCCAUACCUUCUUCAUCCGGUGCAUCACCCCCAAUCCCAGGAAGCUGUCAAGUGUCUUUGAUGUGGAGUAUGUCAGCCGCCAGCUGCGACACUCGGGGGUGCUGGAGGCCAUCCACAUCCGAAAGGAGGGGUACCCACUCCGCCUGCCCUUCCACAGCUUCCUGGCCAGGUACGGGCUCCUGGCUGGCAGCAGGCCCAGCUCGGGGCACAGGGAAGGCUGUGCAGCAGUGCUGGCUCUCGUGGUGGGGAACCCCUCGGAUCUCUACCAGAUUGGAGUGACAAAGGUGUUUCUGAAGGAGCAGGCCAGGCAGCUGCUGGAGAGACGACGGCUGCAGAGGCAGAGCUGGGCCGUGGUCACCCUGCAGAGGAAAUUCCGCCGGCUCCUCCGGCAGCGGCGCCUCCGUGUCCUGCAGGAGAAGGCCACGGUCAUCCAGGCCCACUUCCGAGGGUACCAGGCAAGGAAGCGUUACAGGAGGCUGAAGAAGACUUUGGUGCAAUUUAAAACCAUGAUUUUAAUCUCCAGACCACUGAUUCAAAGGAGGAGGCGCUGGCAGGACGUGGGGCUGCUGGAGAUCCCUGCAGAGCUCGCAGCCCUCCUGCAGUUUGUUGAAGGUCGACACCAAGCACAGGCCAACCAGAUAACUGAGACACAGCCCCCAGAGGUCAAGGUCAAGGAUGACCUUUCCCUCCCACCCACCAUCAACAGCCAUCCUUUCUCCUCCUUCGUCAAAUCACAUUUCCAGAAGCCAGAUUUCCCUGCCCCUGGGCAGCCUCUGCAGCACCCCUUAACCCACCUGGAUGCUGAACUCCAGGAGAGCGCACUUGAGAUAAACAAACUGAUUUUGCGCUUCAUUGGUGACAAGAGCCUCCGUGGCUGGCAGGAGGUCCUGCUGGGCAACUACAUUGCUGGCAGAGGUUUGAGUGCUGCUGCUCUGCGCAAUGAGAUCUUCAGCCAGGUGGUUGCCCAGACCUGGAGGAACCCGGACACGGAGCACAGCCAGCGCGCCUGGGUCCUGAUGGCCACUCUGCUGAGCUGCUUCAGCCCCUCGCCAGCCCUGGAGCAGCCUCUGCUGAAGUUUGUGUCAGACCAUGGCAUGGAGGGUUACAGCGCCGUGUGCCAGCGCAAGAUGCUGACGGCAGCUCAGCGCACCGAGACGCAGCCGGCGCCCUCUCGGGCUUACCCUCCCACCUGGCUGGAGUGGACAGCAAACCAGAGGAGAGGGAAGAUGGUGCUGGAUGUUCACACCUUCAAUGAGGAGAAGUUCUCAGCUGAGGUGGAGUCCUGGAUGACUGGGGAGCAGUAUGCAGCCUGGAUCCUGAGUGCAAGGGGCUGUGACAAGAAGACUCGAGGGUGGUCUGUGUCCAUGUUCACUGGCAACACGUGGCAGGACCUGCUGGGCUGUGACUUUGUGCUGGACCUCAUUGGAGAGAUGGAGGAGACCAGCAACUUCAGCAGCUCCUCCCGGCCCCCCACUGAGUACCCCAUCACUCCAGAAAGGGACAGGAGCAGCCUGCAGCCCUCUGACCUGGACACGAUCCCUCCUGCUCCAGGUAUCCAGGCCCCUGCCUUCCCCCCACCCAGCCUGCCUCCAGAACUUACUGGUCUCCAUCCAGAACCAAGGUUCAGAGAUGACAUGAGGACGCCUGUAGGCUUGGAUCACUAUGUGGAUGAUCUCUUCAGCCCUGUGCUGCAUCAGGGCUCCAGAGUAUCUGAUUUGGAGGACAGGGAGAUUCUCACCAGACGCAUGAAAGGAGGUGGGAAGAUUGGACCCACCCAGAGAGGAAUCCUUCCUUCUGCAGGCCUCUCUGGAAUGACUCAAACACCAGUUUUGCAGCCCAUGGUGGGGAUGCCAGCAGCCAUGCCCAUGAUGCCAGGGGCUGGUGGGGUCACACCUGUGCCAGCCGUGGUGAUGCCCCAGCCCGUGGUUCCAGCUGUAGAUCCCAGCCAGCUGGCAGCACAGCAGCAAGCCUUUAUCAACCAGCAAGCCAUGCUCAUGGCCCAGCAGAUGACCCUUCAAGCCAUGAGCAUUUCCCAGCAGGAGCUGCAGAAGUGGCAAAAGUCUCUCGAGAACUCAAGGCCGAGAGUCUCAAGCCCAGCACAAGCCUCAGCCCCAGCCACUCUCCCAAAACCCAAGAAGCCUUACAGCCAGGCUGCUGCAACACCAUCAAGGUCUCCAGAGCCACCAGCUCAGGCAAAAGAGCUGGACUAUGACUACACAGAGGAGGAGCUCUCCAGCAGUGAGGAUGAUGAUUGUCCUCGGGAAACCUUCCAGCAGAAGAGAGAGUACUUCCAGAAGAUGGGAGAGCAGCACAUCCGAGUAAAGAAAAUCAGACCCAGAAAAACCUGGACUCCUCCAGCAAAACCCCAGCCAAAGGAGGAGGAGGAAGAGGAGAAAAGAGAGGAGAUGGAGAAGAGGAAAAAAGAGGAGCCAGAGAAGAGGAAAGAAGUGAAGCCUGUCCCUAAACCACAGCCAGCUCCUGCUUCCCCUCUGCCACCUCCUGAGCCAAAGCCAACAAAGGAGACCCCAAAACCAAAGAAGCAGCCACCUGUAGUGAAGGCCUCAGGCCCUGAGUCACGUCCUGCACCCAGCCAUGAGAUUUGGAACAUCAUCAAAAUGUACCAGAGCAGACCAGCCCCUGAGCCCCAGCCCAUCCAGCCCAUCAGGAGACUACCCAAGCCAUUUAUAAAGAAGAACGACCCCAAAAACGAGGCUCUGGCCAAGCUGGGAAUGAUGAACCCCUCAUCUCAGCCAUCACCAUCUCCUGUGCCACAGGAGAAGAAAACACCUCCACCUGUCAAGCCCAAGCCAGGCCCAGCUUCCAGCUCUAUCAAGGAAAAGCAGUUGCCUCUCCUGUCCAUCUUCAGACCAGAGGGUGCUCCAGCAGCCUCCCAGGCCCCUCAUGCUCCCCCUCUUCCCCCACCAACGCCUGAGGACCAGGGCAGGCAGGAAUCCACAGGGAAAGACUCUGCUGUGACACUGGCAGGUGAUGAUGGCAUCAAGACCCAGCUGUACAAGCUCACCACCAGUGUCAGCUUCUCCUAUGUCGACCCUGCUUGGAAAAUCUUUCUGCGUAAAGAGGUGUUCUACCCCAAAGAAAAUUUCAGCCACCCCUAUUGUCUGAACUUGCUGUGUGAGCAGAUCAUCCGUGACACCUUUUCCGAGUCCAGCUUUCGGAUCUCCAGGGAGGAGAAGCGCAAGAUGAAAGAUCUGCUGAUGGAGUUCCGGGUUGGCAGCAAUGCCCAGUCCAUUCAGGAGGAUGGGAUAAAGAAGAGGAUUGUGGUGGCUGCUCGGGACAACUGGGCCAACUAUUUCUCCCGCCUGUUCCCAGUUCAAGGUGAAAAGGGAAGUGAUGUGCAGAUCCUGGGUGUUUCUCACCGGGGCAUGAGGCUGCUGAAGGUGGAGAAAGCAGCUGGAUACCACCCUGAGCACCUCAAGAUCCUGCGAAGCUACUGCUUUGCAGAUGUGCUGUCAGUGGAGAUGAAGGGCAGCAAUUCCCUGGAGUUCUCCCUGAAGACAGAGCAGCUCAUCCUGCACUCUCCAAAGGCUCCGUGCAUCAAGGACAUGGUGGAGCUCUUCAUGCAGGAGCUGAGGCAGGACACCAACUACGUGGUGGCUCUGCGCAGCUACGUCGUGGAUGACAAGAGCCUGCUCAGCUUCAAGAGGGGCGACAUCAUCGAGCUGCUGCCCAUGCAGGGCGUGGAGCCAGGGUGGCAGUUUGGCUCUGCUGGUGGACGCUGUGGUCUCUUCCCCACCAGCCUGGUGCAGCUGGCCCCUGCCCCUGACUACCUCAGCAGCAGCAUGGACAGGCGGGGGGAGCAGCACAAGGGUGCUAAAGCUGCCCCAGAGAGCAGGAACACCAGCAGGGAGAGUUCUGUCCUCAGCCUGACACCAGAAGCCACCAGCACCCUGUUAGUCCCCACGGGUGACCAUUACACCAUGACUGACUUUGCCACCGCCUACUUCCGAGAGGCUCAGUCCAUGUGGGACCUGAAGGGGACGCCUGCUGAGAAGAAGAGCAUUGCUGGCCUGGUGCGGCACACCAAGGUCCCAAUCCAGGCAUCUUUGCUCCAGUUCUCUGACAGUGAGCUGAACGAGGUGGCCACAAAGAACUUCCAGACGCUGAUGAGGUUCAUGGGAGAUCAGCCAAAACACAGGCACCAGACCUCAGUCCAGUGCAUCUAUGAAAUCCUUCAGCUGUGCAAGGAGAAGGAGAAUUUGCACGAUGAGAUCUACUGCCAGGUCAUCAAACAGGUCACCUACAACCCUCAGCAGGAGAGCGAGCUGCGGGGCUGGUUGCUCCUGAACCUGCUCACUGGGUACUUCCUGCCUUCCAAAACCCUGAUGCCCUAUGCCACCAAGUUCCUGCAGCUGGCCAGCAGUGAUCCAUCCAGCACCCACCACGACAUAGCCAAGAUCUGCCAGAGCAACCUGCGCAAGAACUUCCUGUACGGGGGCCGUCGGCACCUCCCUUUCCCUGUGGAGCUGGAGGCACUGCUGAAGGGACGUGGUGCCCGCAGGCUGGAGGUGCUGAUGCCUGGAGGCAGGGAGUACUGCACCAGGAUCAGGACAUUCACUGUGGCCAAGGAGCUCUUGCAGGAGAUCUGUGAGCAGAUGGGAAUAGGUGAACAGCAAGAGAUACAGGACUUUGUUCUCUUUGCUGUCAGGAAUAACGACAAAAAUCUCGGUAAAACAGUGAGGCCAAUCAAACUGGAGGAGUAUCUCCAUGAUUACCUGCUGGAGGACAAGCUGGUCACUGUGACCUUACGCAGGCUCAUCUGGAGGACACCUCUGCACUUUGACAACCAAAUUUACACAGAUGUCCACUAUGGACAGGUGCUGUGGGAUUACCUGAAUGGGAGGAUCCUGCUGGGCCAGAGCAAAGAAAUGGAAAUGCAGGUGGGACUUUUGGCAGUGCUCCAGCACUGGGCCAAAGUGGAGCAGCAGAACUCUGCUCCCUCCAGGGAAGAGCUGAAGGAAUACAUUCCAAAGACCCUGCAGGCCUCCAUCAGCCCCAAGAACCUGCACAACCACGUGGCCACACUGCUGAGAACAAGGCAGCCCCUCCAGCCACCAGAUGCAAAAAUCCAGUUCAUAGAGCACGUGAUGAAAUUGCCUUUCUUUGGCUACACCAUCUUUGUCGUGGAGAGAACCAGCGAUGAGCUUAUCCCUGUGCCCUGUUUCUUUGGUGUGAAUAAGGAGGAGAUCAUUGUGGUGGAUGGCACCACCCAGGCCGUGAGCCGGGUGAUCCCCCUGAAGGAGCUGCAGAGGAUGCGCACCCUGAGGCCUCUCUCCAACGGGGCCCUGCCUGGCCUGGAGCUCAGCUACGGCUCCCCUGGCAGCCCCGGGGCCAUGUGGGUGGAACUGGCACAGGCCAAAGAACUGUACCACACGAUUGUUGCCAUCCUGGAUAAAACAGAGCUGCACUCCUAGAGCCUAAAAGGAGGAGAAUGGCCAAGGAAAACAGCAAUUUCCCUUUCUGUGAACUUGAUCAGUGCUCCCUGACCUGUCUUUGGGGGACAACUCUUCCAGAACACACCCAUGGCCUCAGCCAGCUGCUUUCUAAGAACACCACCACAGUGUUUGUUGAUGGAGUGACCAUAACCCUCGUGACCUGUCAUUCAGUCCCCAAGCACUUCCUUGAAACAACCCUGUGGCUAAACAAACCCCAAGGGCCUCUCCACACCACAGCCCGUUCCAACAAAGAGCAGCUGACCCAAAGCAAGCACUUGCCUUCAAGCUUUGCACCGUGCAGCUCCUCCUUCCUGGUUGGAAUCAAUUCUCAUGAGCAAAGCCUGGUGCUUGCCAGGGAUUUGUGUAUCCCAGUGCCCAGCUGAGGCAGGGCAAGGCCUGCACGGGCUGCUGCUGGUUUCCAGGAGCCAGAUCUGUCUCUGAAUUGAUAUGCAGAGGUCCUGUAGCAGGAUUUGUGAGGCAGGAGUUUGUAGGAAGUAUCCUAACUGAAAAGCAGAUCAGUGUUAAUCAUACAGUUAACACAUAUGCUGGGGCACAGAUUGAGCUGCAAUGGUAAGGAAGUUUAUGUUAAUUAAUUUCUCAUUGACAUAAUUAUAUGCAUAUGCUUCCCUCUACUAUAAAGAAGUCAGUCAUGGCCAUGCAGCUGUCAGACUUCAAUGAUGGCUCCAUGCCCACGGAGGAAGCAUCUUCAAACAGAACUUGUAUUAUACUGAAAUGUUUUGGGUUGUACAAAAAUAUUUAUUUUUAUUGCCACAGCUCUCCUAAUGACCUGAGGAAUAACUGCCCUUUAGGAAAUUGCAAUAAAAUAAUCACACAGAUGUUUUGAAGGUAUGAUAGAUCUUACACAUAACCUGGGAAAACUUAACUGCAUGUAAUGGGCAAAGCUUGAGGAAAAUGCUGUCACCAUUGGCAGGGAAGAGGGAUAGAAAUGAGGGUGCCCAGUGCAAGCUCUGAUGC